UUCUUCUUUGCACCAUGAAAUUGCAGAUUUUCCUGAUUACCGUUCUUCCGGUAUGCCUGGCACAAUUCACUAUUCAGGGAGCCAGCGACGGGAAUCGGGUCUCUCAAGGUCUUAGGUAUAGCGAGGAGAAAGGGAUCGAGUAUACCGAUCAAAGUGCAUCGUUAGGAGCUGGCGAUUUUACGAUUCAAGGUGCAACCGAUGGCAAUUCGGAUUUCAAAAUCCAAGGUGCUACCGACGGACAUUCAAAUUUCCAAAUUCAAGGCCCUUCUCAAGGUGCCAUAUCUACGUUCAACGUUCAACCACCUACCGAUGGACACAGUCAAUCGAUUAUUCGAGGACCAUACGAUGCGAAUCAUCAGGUUGCGACGAAAUCUCUUCAGUACAACGAUCCCAGUGGAUUAAGAGUCAAUUGGAAAUCAUACAAUCACGAUCGACAACCGAGAUUACAUCAGGCACAAACGGAAGCACAUUAUGCCGAGCCAGCUGCCCAACGAGCUCCACCUCCGGUUCAACAUCGUCCACCAGUUCAACCACCAAUUCAACAACCUUCUUACAGACCCUACAACGAUGCACCAGCUCAGAUUAAACAGUUGCUUCAAUUCCAAGCUCAAAUACCAUACGUCAAUGCCAUACCCGAACAGUUUAGAUACGAUCAUUUGGCAGCUGCACAAGCACAGGCACAGCAAGUACAAGCUAAAUUCCAACAAGAGGCUCCAACUCCGGAAUAUCGUGGUACCAAACCUCGUGGAGGUCCAUCCAGACACCGAAGACAAGCACCUCAACAUCCUCAACAUCCUCAAGCUCAACAACCAGUUCAACAGCCACAGUAUAGAAGAUUAUCUCAACCACCGACCGAACCUGCUCCUCAAUAUUCAACAAACUUGCCUAACAAUUUGCAGGCGUUGCUGAAGUAUCAAGCACAAAUACCCUACAAUAUAAUCGCCAAUCAAAUCAGAUACGUUCCCGAUAAGCCUUACGUACCGCAACCGAUUCAACAGCCGAAUACUCAAGCUGCCCAACCUGCUCAAUAUCAAGGCCAAGGUGACCAUUAUCAAGGUCAAGCGAGCACGUAUACACAAUCACAGAUAAACACCUACCAGGAUUAUCCGCAGGAACAAACAGCUGCUUAUUAUGGUCAGGGACAAGGAGUACGUCCUGUCACCGAAAAUCAUCAGUACUAAAAAGAAUGAGUGAGAUAGAGAGAAAGAGUGUGAGAAUGAGAGAGAGAGAGAGAGAGAGAGAGAUAGAGAAAGAGAAAAAUUGUUCGUUGAAAAGAGAAACGAUUGAUUUUCUAGCAUCUUAUGUUUUUAUUAUUAUUAUUAUUAUUAUUAUUAUUAUUAUUAUUAUUAUUAUUUUUAUCUUCUUUCUUAAUAUUAAUUAAUUAAUAACGGGAGUUGCAUGGCGAAAUCGUUAUGGUGCAUUGUUACCGCUCGCUCUAUAAUUUAUUAUUUUUAUUAUUAUUAGAUUUUUAUUACUAAUGUGAUAUAUUUCGAUUGAGUUGGACAAAAUUUUUUGUGUUUAUUUAUUUUUUCUUUUUCGUUUUUUUUUUGUUUCUUUUUUCUUUCCGUUUAAUCUUUCGGGGAAAUCGAAGGGGUAAUAAGAAACGAAACGUGUGGAUUUCUUGAUUUAUUGAAAGUAUUAUACAAUCCGGUAAAGAUCCGAUUAUAUAAUAUAUCGACUCGAGAGAGUUUCCAUGAGAGAUUACAGUUUUUUCUGUUAUGUA